AACGAGCACCGAGAGGAGGGAGAGAUAGAGGAAAAGGCGUUUCCAUCCACAAACCGGAGAUAGUGUGCACGGAACAGCGGACGGACAGCGCAAAUUGUCUGGACCGAAAUCUCUGUUAUCCACAUUGUCUAACUAGUUUAGGAAAAGGCGAGCUAGAUAACAAGCUAGUUUACUAACAGCUUUUACGGUCAAGUUUAUCUGUUUAUACAAUAAAUAAAUACAUUAUACAGUGAAGUCAGCGUCCUGUCAUUCAAGGACUAGCACAGCAAGUGGACGAGGUUGAGAGUGGACUUUGAAACAACACUGCCUUGAGCUCAGAACGAGAACAACUUGAAUUUCUAAGCCAAUUUUGAGGUCGGAAACGGUUUCUAUCUCGCUCGUGCUACCGAGCAUCCCUUCUAGCUGACUCAUUUCGCUGCGCCCGGGACCAUGUCGGAGUACACUUCUCUUCUCAGCGACCUGUCUGAGAACAUCACCAAUGAGGAUCUGGACCAGCUCAAGUCUGCCUGCAAGGAGGACAUUCCUGAGGACCAGAGCAACAACAUCACGUCCUCCAAGGAGUGGUUCAACUACCUGGAGAAGAACGACAAACUGGCACAAGAUAACCUCUCGUAUAUCGAGCACAUCUUUGAGAUCUCGCGGCGGCCAGACCUCCUAACUCGUGUCAUCGAGUACCGGACCACGGUCCUCAAGAUCUCAGAGGACGACGAGAUCGACACCAAGCUCACACGCAUCCCCUCCGCCAAGAAAUAUAAAGACAUCAUUCGCCAGCCCUCUGAAGACGAGAUCAUCAAACUGGCCCCUCCUCCUAAAAAAGUGUGAGGUCAUCGACCCCCCCUCUCCCGCCCGACCUCUCCGCUCGACCCCUGGCACUCCAACAUUCUCAAGCCUCAACCCCCUCAACCUUGCCCCUUAUCCCGCCCCCUUUCGCCACUCACUCACACCACGACACUUCGAUCGACCAAUCAUAUCGUCCGGACGCUUCGCCGCUUCAUCCAGAGGAGGAGCUCCGGAGGGGAAAGACAGAGAGAACGGCGGAAAGAGAGACGGGAGAGAGAGAGAGAAAAAAGCCAAAUCAGAAGGGCAUUGUGGGUCACUUCAGAACCUGUGUGCGUACAACACCGUUUGUGGAGAGAACGCGUGUGUGUUUGUCUGUGCGAGAGUGUGUGUGUGUGUGACAGACUGCCUUCCACAUUUUCCCAGGCACCUUUGUCAUGAGGUCAAAAACAGAUUAUCGAGCAUAUAAAUCAGUGAAACGUACAUAAUUGCUUGCAGUUGUCAAUUACAAGCAGUGUUUUGCAUCUCUCCACCAUCGAAACAAGAAAGACAGCGCUGGUCUUAUAUUCCCUUUACUGAAAUGCAACCACAUCAAUUUCAAAGCAAAAACUGAAUAAUAUACGGAUAAAAAAAAAUAUUUUUAAAAGCGGUGUAUUUAAAGUUCAUACUCAUAGGAAAAGCCAAUAUUUGCCUUUAGCUUACAUAGCCCUGGUAUGAAUUAUUGAGACCAAUAUUGUUUUAGUGUGUUUGGUUAUACAUCUAUAUUUACGUGAUAUAAUUGGAACAAAUACCACAAGUCAGAUAUGAUCCAUAAGUUUGAUGGUCUGUGUCUCUGAGUAAGGGGGGGCACACGAAAACUGACGAGGGAAAGAAAAAUUGUCUGUAUCGUCUUUACAUUGAUUAACUCUACGGAUGACUUUUGAUCUAUUGUUAGUCUCUGUAAACCCCAUACUCUAACCAAAUUAGAGAGACAGAGUUGUAACGUCCGUUAAAAGAAAACAUAUAUUGACCGGGGAAAAAAGCCCAUGUUAACUAAAUGAAAGAAUAAUGAGCUAUGUAAGUAACGCUCGGAUAUAUUUUAUACAUAUGAUAUAUGAUAUAUUAAUCAAGAUUACAAAAAUAUGACAACAAUGUAUACAGGAAAAAACUGAAUUUCCGAAGAUUUCUGAACAACAGUUGACCAAUUGACAGCCUUGAAGAUCACAGAGGGGCCAUGACAGUUGUGAUUGAAGUAGAAAAUAGUUAAGAACACGGAAUGGAUGAUGGUGUAUAUGUGUCAUUAGCACAACUAACUAUUAACCAAUCAUGUACAACAGCUUUCAGGUUCCCUCAUGUGAAACAUGCAUGUACUUAGAGUACCGUUUCUGUCCUUCCCAAAUCAUUUUGAACUGUACCAGUCAUCGUAUCUGUUCAAAUAACAAGACUGUUGAUUGAAAUAAAAAUAACUUUACUUAUUUAAACACUGUGUCUCCGCCCCGCGACGACGCCUUAGUACACGUUGGUUAAUUCCAAACAGCUAAUUUGUAAUAAUAAUAAUAAAAUCAAAAAACACAGAAAUACAGUUUUAUGUGGUGAGCUACGCAUCCAUACCUGUCUUGCUCGCAAAUAAUUGGAACUUUUAUUUUGAAGUGUUUGACCUUUGGAUGGUUUCCGCAAUUAAACAAUUGGGACUUAUAUUAUUUAUAUGACUUUUAAGUGUUAAACCUCUGUAAUAGUACAGUAAUUUGAUUUUUACCAGCCUGAUAAUUUUGUCAUCUGGUAAAAAUACUACUUACUGUACCCCUAGAGUUCACCUCACCUCACACCCACCUCCCUAACCCUCUCUUUAUCCUAGUGCCAAUGACCAGGACUUUUAUUGUGAUCUUAGUUUUGUUAUUGCUUGCUCUUCUUAUUGUGAUGUUGGACUGAUUUGUAUCCUAUGCAUUUUUUUGCGAGCUACACUGUUAUAAAACGUAUCAUUCAUAAAAAAGGCUGCAUUAAGAACCUCUGUCACUCAAGCAAAUAUGAUUGGUUUCUCUCUUUGAGGUUGUGUUUGCAAAAGUCACAGCAGAAAAUGGUUUCAAAAUAUCAAAACGGAAAUACUUUAGGUGCACUUGGUUCAGAAGUGUUAGCACUUUCAAGAUGGUCUCAUCAGUUGCAUCUGGAAGAUUCAAAUCGAGUACACUUUGAGUAUUUCACAGACAUAACCCACGAGAACCCAGCCCUCCUGGUGGCCAGACUCCUUUAAAGUGAAGCGGUGGCUACUUCUUCUAGGAGAGAAGGAACCUGCUAAUGCUAACAGCUAAAGCUAACCGUUGACCCCAAAACGCAAGGCCAUGUGAGUCAUCAUGUAUGUCUGGUUCAGGUCCAAAGCAAGAUGCUUUUCUUUCCAUUGAUCUGGAAUCCAGAGAACAUUCUAGAUUCUUAACAUGGGGUUCUCUUGGUAUUCUAGAACAGGUGGCUCUGCAGGUAGGAAGGCAGUUGUCAUUACCGCUAUGACCUGUGGGUGCUGGCCUGUGGGCUGGGCUCUGCUGGCUGGCUGGUUGGUCAGUCAGUCAGUUAGAAUCCUUGUGUAGGGUUCAGCAUUCCAGUUCCAGAACCCCUGGCCUAAAGAAAUAGGCCUAAAAGAAUCACCAGAGUAGUGUUGAAUGUGGCCAAAACACAUCCCAGAGCAGUCUUGUCCUAUUAUGAUUUAUAUGUGAAUAUUUUCAUGAAGAUGGCAAGAGAGGUCUCGUUUUAUUGUUUGGUUUGUGUCUUUUUCUUUGUUUUUUAUUUUAAGCGCUUACAAGUAGAUAUUUGUGAAUUGUUGAUGUGUGUGACCAUGUGACGUAGAUAUUUUUUAAUUAUUUUUCUCAGAAUUCCAGUAGGUGAUGGAUUGUAUAUUAGCAACUAUGUGGUUGAUUGUCAGUAGGUAGAAUAUAGUAUGGCCAAUGUAUGCCCAUAAAAACUCACUAACUUUAUAUCCAAGCACUCAAUUGCAAAUCAUACUAAAAAAAUAUCAGAUCUUUACAUAGACUGUUUACUUUUUUCAUUUACUUUUAUUUUACUUGUCCAUCCCCAUGACAACCAUGGCAAAGCCUUGAUUAACAAUCACAAUCCAGGAAGUCAAGCAGGAAGUGUACAGUGUGCAACACAUCGUGAUUAGGGUACGAGAGGAGAAUGUGUGUCAGGGUCAUUAUUUCCAGCUCAAUAACAAGCAUACAUAACUGCUGCCGUAGAGAGAGACCUGUUACACUAUGUAACCUCACAUUUGAUUGGUUAAAAAUCCUCUAUGACAUCAUAAUUGGAUUAAAAUCACGUCAUGACAUUGCUUGGCUUUUUAUGUGUCCACUGGCACAUGUAGUACUAACAUAUCAGUUACAUAUGAUGUCAAUUAGAAAUUCAGUGUUCAAAGUACAUAUCAACUAAAUGCUGCAGCAAAAUACAGAGUACUGCUCAAUUGUAUAUGAUAGAUCCAUUAAAUCAGGACAAAUAGAUAGAAAACACGAUCAUUUAUACUGUAUGCACAGUCUAAGUGCAUAUGACUAAGCUUACAGAAAGUCAGUUGAAAGAAAUGAUGAUUACGUUUUUUUUUUUCUUGAUUUGAUUAGGUUGUACAUAUAUAUUGUGAAUAUUUAUAUAUAUAUAUCAAUUUGUUUGAUUUUUUAAUUAAUAAUUUAUUUAAUGCCAAUAUAUUGGGGAGUUUAUGUGUAUGUAUACUAACUGGAAAACAAAUUUGCACCAAACAUUUUGCUUGUCUAAAUUUCAAAUAGAAUUCACAUUACAACUCUUAAAUUUUACAUUGUAAUCUUGUGUCAUGGUUGUGAUAUUAUUUUGUAUUAUAUAUUAUUUGUUCUUUCAGCCUAACUGUAAUCUGUUUUACAACUUUCUUGCCCUUUUGUUUUCAUCAAAUGUAAAGACACUUUUAUUAUUCUGAAAGUUUUCCUGAACUUUACAACUGAAGGGUUGUUACUUCAACAUACAAUUCCUACACACAUACUUUUCACCAAUAGUCUAAAACCAUAUGAGGAUGGGACUUUUAGUUCCUAGAACCUCAGAAAACGUAACUCAAACCUCAGUAUCGGUUAUUUGACGGUUUCAAGUACAAGGAACGUAUAAAAAAAGUAUUUGAGAUACUCUUACAUUGACAUUAACUAACAAUGUGAAGCCAUGCUUCUAUUGGAAUGGCUCUUCGUGGUCCCACAGACCACCCUGUGCUGAGGUACAGUGUCUGUGGUCCCACAGACCACCCUGUACCGAGGUACAGUGUCUGUGCUGCUUGACUGAUGUUUUCCUUGAUAUGGCCUAGUAAGUGAUUUUGGGUGCACUUGUGUGAGUUCAUCAGGGCGAACCUUGUGAUGAGUCACUACUCUUUUUCACAGCAUGUUUUUUUUUAUGUUGCAUCGUUGUAUAACAAUUCUUUUCUUUCUGGUGAUCGUGAUUGUUCUGAUGAAAAUGCCUUUGUUGUGUUGUGAAUUGUAAAGGCCUCAUCAAAUGCCGCCUGAUUCAAAAUAUCAAAUUCUAAACUGUUGUGGUGUUUUCUGGUUUCCCCAGAACCUAAACCAAGCUUCCGUAUACAAUCCCCACUUUUGUUUGGUUUGUUUUUCUCUUAUUUUUGAGUUGUAGAGCUGUGUGUUCAUGGGCAAUGAAAUACUUGGGAAUCAAGGAUGUAGAGAUAGUGAUAAAGGAAGGAUGAAAGGUUUCUGGGUCAAUUAUCUGGUCAUAGAUUUGGAGCCAUGAGGUGUCCUACUGGACUAAAAGCAGUUCAGAUUAUGAAUAUUGACAAGACUUGCACAUUAAUUUGGGAAGGCAUUGAAAAUGUCAUGAGUUCGGUGUUGUUGUUGACCAUGAGAAUGUUUAACGUCGGGAGACAGAAAAGUAGACGGUGUCUUUAAAAAAAAGAAAUGCACUGAUAGCCUGUAUUUGCACCUGUCAUUGUUCUGAUUGACCAUUUUAGAGAGAUA